AUGCCUUUUAAAAAAGAAAAAAAAAGGGGGGGGGAAGCCCCACGCGUGCGGCCGGGAGGGGAGGGGAGGGGGCGCCUUCUCAGCGUCGCCCCGAGGGGACGCCCGGCUCUCGCGCCUGCACCUGCACCUGCGCCUGCACCUGCGCCGCCGCCUCGCGCCGCGUCCGGGAGCCCCCCGGGGCCGCAGCCCCGGCCUCGACCCCGCGAGCCCCCGCGCCGCGCGCGCGCUGCCCCGGCCGCUCUCCCGCCUCCAGCCCGCGGGCCGCCGCGCUACUCACUUGGGCCCGGGAGCCACGUCGGCCGGUCGGUCCGUGGGCGCUGCCGCGCUGGGACGCGGGGAUCCGCCGAGCGCGCGGGGCCGCGCCGCCGACAGCGGGUAAGGUCCGGAGGGACGGAGCGGCUCCUGCGAGACGGCGGGGGCGGGGCGGGGAGGGGCGGGGCGGGGCGGGGCGGGGAAGCCCGGGCGCCGGGCGGCGCGGGACCUCGGGUCCCCGGCCGUGGCUGCGUGGGAAGCGGCUCAACUCGGUGCACUUGUUCACUCUUUCUUCAUUGGAGGAGGAGCCAGUGUUGCAACCUUCAUGUUCCUUGCUGGAGGCAAAACAGUGAUUUUCUGCAGCAGGCGAAUGUCCAGAGCCUGCCAGUUUUGCGAGCCGAUGGUUUCAGAACCCCGGAGGAGUAUCAAGGAGAUAUUCUAAAGGGAGCCUCUCAAGUUUCAAAACCAGAAGUUACUGGAACUCUGGGCUUUCCUCCUUUGAGGCCACUUUUGCUACCAUCCCGGAAUUACUGGCGAGUGAUAUUCAUUGGCGGCCACUUGCCAGGAUGCAGGAAGACGUUAGAAAUCCCAGGAUGCUCUGGUGAUCCUUCUGGACUAGAGACCCCCAGAAAACAGGCCAGGAUGCCCGAGUGGGUGAGAGACUGCACAGAGAAGAGACAAGACUGCCACCUCCUCUGCAAACCUCACAGAAAUGACUCCACUGUCAGGAUUUCCUGGAGGGCCACCUUUGCACAUAUGUUUGAGAAGAGGCUGGCAACUCUGAGGUGCUCCUUGAACAUGCUGUGCAUAUAUCUUGCAUCCAUCUUUUCACUUGGGAACCUCUUUGGAUGCUGUGAAGGUCUACGCCAUGUGGUCAAAGGAGCUCUGGUGGGCAGUGGAAGUCUUCAAGCAAAGAGUUGCGGAUGCUGACGAUUGGAAGCUGGUUUACUGCAUGGAUCAUGGUUUGACGAGUCUCUGUGGCAGACCUUAGACCUCACAGGUAGAAACCUGCACCCAGAUGUGAUUGGCCGGUUGCUGUCUCGAGGAGUAGUUGCCUUCCGCUGCCCACGAUCAUUUAUGGAUCAACCAUUGGUUGAACAUUUCAGAGCUCCUACAAAGAAGAUGCCAUGUGAGCACAAAGCAAGAAAGUAGCCAUCUACAAGCCAGGAAGAGAAAUCUCAUCGGAAACCAACCAUGCUGGCAUCCUAAUCUUGGAGUUCCAACUUUCAGAACUGUGAGAAAAUAUUGUUUAAGCUAUCCAAUCUGUUUUGGUUAUGGUGGCUCAAGCUGAGUAAUACACUCAUGUGGCUGGUAAGUCUGGGUCAAAACUCAGGCUUGUGCUUUUAAUCUCAAGAUUAAAUAAAAAUAAUAUAAUCUACCUUCCCAAACUAAGAUAAAUAAUAAUAAUAAUUGUAAUAAUAGAAAUAAUAACUAACAUGUUCUAAAUACGUGUAUUAACUCAUUAAAUCCUUAGUAUAAAGUUAUGAA